CGAGCGGUUCGGGUCGGUGGGGUUGUCCAGGGACGAUAAACGAGUGUUUAUCGCGAUACGCCGUUGUUUCUAAACUGUGAAAUAAGAUUUUCGGAUGUAACUCGUGUUCGAACGUUCAGUGACACGAAGACUAAAGAAAGAAUUAUAAAAAAAAAAAGACCAUAGAGUAGGAUCCAAGAAAGAAAAAGGAACUUAAUGGCUUUCAGUAAAUCGGAAAUACAUGGACAGGUCUUGCACUCGCGAACGGGGCGCCUCGCAAUAAGCAGCAUCGCCUCUCGUUCGCUCGUCCUGCAUCCACCUCCUCAGUGUCUCGACUACGACAAUAGGCUCCUCUUGUUGCUGGCACCGCAAAUUCUGUUUCCGUUUCCGUAUCUGUUAUGCGUGAACGCGACAAGAGUCGAGUGUUUAUAACUGAACGGUGCUGGUGGCGGUGACGAAGGGAAAGGGAAAGGGAGGAGGAGAAAGAGAAGGGGAAGAAACUUGGACGCGAGAUAAAGAGAGAAAGAGAGUAACGGAGAAGGAGAGAGAGCCAAAGGCUCGUCGGACGAGAUAUUCGAAGCGGUGCGCCACACAUUUCUACGGAAGGUCGUAUUUACCGCGGGAACCUAUUUGUGAAGUCAUUCAGAGGUUUUGAUAUUGUAUAGACAUAUACAUAUGUAUAUAUAUCAAACCUUCCAGCGAUCGCUUCCACCUUAGAACUCGUUAUAAAACAGUGAUCCGAUCUAAGUUGACUCAGGCAAAUAGUUGACUCGAAUCUGGAUAACCUGAUCGCACAAUUCGAAGUGUCAGCUCGUCGACAGGCGUGACAGCCCGUCGACUGGGUCGUCCGUCCUCUGUCCUCCCCUUCUUGCUACUACCGGGUCAUACAACUGAUUCACAAUGUUCACCGGGACGAUGAAGAUCGAAAUAUGCGAAGCAGUCGGGCUAAGGGCGACUGACAAGCAACGAAAGUUUUGGCAAGAUGAACCUAUACUCGACCCUUAUGUUCAACUAGACGUUGACGAGAAUCAUCUCGAUCGCUCGUCUACCAAACCGAAAACCUUCGAUCCGGUAUGGAACGAGAGUUUCACCCACGAAGUCCAAGAUGCGGUAAUGCUUGGACUGACUGUCUUCCACGAUGCGGCAUUACCGCCGGAUUAUUUCGUCGCGAACUGCAGUAUUCCUUUCGAGGAGCUUGUCAGCAGAAAUGACAAGACUGCAGAUUUUUGGGUUGAUCUUGAGCCUCAAGGAAAACUCAGAGUUAGGAUUGAUCUUAAGUGGAAUGAUCAAGAUCGACAAACAGGCUGUGGUGCAGGUGACGGGGAAAGUAUCGGAGGCAGAGGUGGUGGAAGCAUCACUUCAGGAAAAGAACCCAGGAGGGAGUUCAAAGAACGACAGGGUUUCAACAGGCGAAGGGGUGCAAUGCGACGCAGGGUUCAUCAAGCAAAUGGUCAUAAAUUUAUGGCUACCUUCCUGAGACAACCGACUUUCUGUUCUCACUGCCGUGAAUUUAUAUGGGGCUUGGGCAAGCAGGGCUAUCAGUGUCAAGUUUGCACAUGUGUUGUUCAUAAGAGAUGUCACAAGUUAGUUAUUACAAAAUGCCCAGGCAUGAGAGACGAGGUAAUGAUAAAUUUAUUUCGUAUUCGUAUUCUAAUGGAAGUUGAAUUAUCUAACGUUUCAUUGGUAUUGGAUUUUCAGUCAAGUCAAGAUACAGAAAGUCCACGUUUCAGUAUAGAUAUGCCACACCGUUUUGUUGUUCAUAAUUACAAAAGAUUUACUUUUUGUGACCAUUGCGGUUCACUCUUGUAUGGUUUGUUUAGACAAGGCUUACAAUGUGAAGCUUGUAAUAUAAAUGUUCACAAGAGAUGCCAGAAAAAUGUAGCGAAUAACUGUGGUAUUAAUACUAAAGCUAUGGCUGAAAUUUUAAGUACAAUGAAUAUAUCACCUGAUAAACAAAUAAAAACUCCAAAGAUUAAUUAUAGAACAACAACUUGUCAAUCUGGUCAAACACCUACGACUGUAACAGUAACAGACACGUUACCAACAGAUAAUUCACAAUCGGUUCAACAAAAAACAGAAGAGAGACCGGUUAUCGUUACCGAGAAUGCAGUACCUGCUAGCGAAAAUGAAGUUAGAAAGUUUGGUAUCGAUGACUUUAAUUUUAUCAAAGUUCUUGGUAAAGGUAGUUUCGGAAAGGUGAUGCUAGUGGAACGGAAAGCAAAUCCUGAUGAAGUAUACGCUGUAAAAAUUCUAAGGAAAGAUGCAAUCAUACAGGACGACGAUGUGGAUUGUACAAUGACGGAAAAAAGAAUUCUGACUCUAGCAGCAAAGCAUCCUUUCCUCACAGCCAUUCACAGUUGCUUUCAAACAAACGACAGAUUAUUCUUUGUUAUGGAAUACGUGAAUGGAGGUGACUUAAUGUUUCAUAUUCAGAGAGCUCGAAAAUUCGACGAAGCAAGAGCACGCUUCUAUGCAGCAGAAGUAACCCUUGCAUUGCAAUUUCUUCAUAAACAUCAUGUUAUCUAUCGAGAUCUUAAAUUAGACAAUAUAUUACUUGACCAAGAGGGUCACUGUAAACUAGCAGACUUUGGAAUGUGCAAAGAGGGUAUCGUCGAAGGGAAGACAACAACAACAACAUUCUGUGGCACUCCAGAUUACAUUGCACCUGAAAUUCUUCAAGAAUUACAGUAUGGAGCUAGCGUGGAUUGGUGGGCACUGGGUGUUCUAAUGUACGAGAUGAUGGCUGGUCAACCACCCUUCGAAGCAGAUAACGAGGAUGAUUUAUUCGAAUCUAUUUUACGGGAUGAUGUGCUUUAUCCAAUUUGGAUUUCAAAGGAAGCAGUGUCGAUUUUAAAAGGAUUCAUGACAAAGAAUCCUGCCAAAAGAUUAGGUUGUGUUGCUGCGAAUGGCGGAGAAAAUGCUAUAAAAGCUCAUCCAUUUUUUCAAGAAAUGGAUUGGGAUGCCCUUGAAGCGCGCAAAGUAAAACCACCGAUCAGGCCAAAAAUUAAAAGUAAAAAGGAUGCCAUGAACUUCGACACGGAAUUCACUAAAGAAGAUCCAGUAUUGACACCAGAGGACCCAGACGAAGUGAGCUACAUCAAUCAAGAAGAAUUCCAAGGCUUUUCUUUCGUCAACAAAGACUUCAAUCCUGCCAGGUUUGGAGCACAAUAAAAAGUAAGAACAAACGGGGUAAACAAGAAUGAGGAUACAAUGUUAAUAUUCGUCUCAAUGCUUCUUGCUUGGAAAAUUGGCGAACUUGCCAAUCCGCAAAGCUGAACAUCAGCGUUUCGAAACUGCUCGGAGUCUCCUUUGAAAUUUUUAUCUCAAUUGGAGAUAACAUUCUAUCAUUGGAAACAACGUUCAAGCUAUUGGGGGAAAAAUCAGUGGCGGGGAAAUUCGGAAAUUUUCACGUUUUUUUCUAUAUCAUCAUUACGGGAAUAUUGAUUGCAAGUAUGACGCUAAUUUAGCAGGAGAAAAUGUGUAUUUGGAUCCAAGUAUCUCAAGGUCUGACUAAAUCAUCAUUUUCUUUCCAUUUUUCUUUUGAAAAGCGGACGAGCGUGUUCGAGAGGAAACGCUAAUGAGAGAUCCAAUUCAUGAUGGUUAAUAGAGAAAAAAAUGUACUUUAGAAUCAAGUACCGAUCAAGGAAAUUAGUACAAAAAAGAAAAAAGAAAGUCAUUUUCGAUGGCAUAGCGAUAAAGGUCGCUGGGCGAUCUGAUCAUUUCUGUUGAAUUGAUAUUCUUACAAAUUAUGUAUAAUACUGUUAGAAACUCUACAGAAACUAUUUAGAAGACAGAGGAAGAAGAUUCGAAUCGAUAAGAACUUUUUUCUUAAUCGUAUAUUUCGUUCCCUCUCAGAGCGCUUAUAGAGGACUUCCUCUAGAUGUUUUAUACCAAUAACGAAAAAGUAAUUUGCACAGGAACAACCUUGAGUCUGGAACGACAAGAAAAACGAAACAUUGAUGUUGUUACAAUUCAUUUGUCAAUCAAGAUUCAGUUCGAUGGAAAUAUUUUCUGAUUUACAGACUCAUGGUUUAUCGUGUUACGAAGACUUGACACUUAUGUGUUUGUUUUUUAACGCUUACGUAUGUACUUAGUUUCAUUGAAAUGAUUUUCUCAUAGCGACGGAAGACGCGACAACCGAUAAUAUCAAGUAAUAUUGCUUAAAAAGUAAGUCGAGUUUUAAGUCUUAGCGUAGUGUGUCGAAUCACUAGUGAUCAAGACUGAAACGUAAAAGCUGGGCUUAAGUUUUAAGUAAAAACCAGCAGGCGCAAUUAUAAAUGUCGAGUCUGUAAAUCCUGUGCAUAUAAAUAGUAUAGAGUAACUAUUAGAUGAAAGGAAGAAAUACCGAGAAGUUGUACUCCAGUUCGAACGAGAAUUUCGAACGGUUUCAAACUUUUCGUCGAGCUUUAAUCCCAGAGGAUCAUCUCGCAGCGCUUCUCCGAUAGAGUUUAAAAUAAAGAACCAUGCUCGCUUGGUGAAGAUCGAGCAGGAUACGAUCUGACCAAGUGGUCAUGGUGUUUCAUACUUAAAAAAAAAAACUAUAAAAUUUUAAGGGAUAAUAGACGCGACGGUGUCCACUGGUGGUCACCGUCAAAGUUAACACAAAAUAAUAUAUAUAUACAUACGUAUGUAUAACACGUAUAACUUAACUUAUUUUAAUAUACGCCUAAAGUAUAACAAAAUAGAGAGGAAAAGAGGGAAAAUGGAGUGGACAAAGGAAGACUCGAAACAAUGAAACUUAAUCGCGUGAAAUUUUCAAUGUUACACGUGAAUUAAUGAAGAAACAAAAGGAACAAAAAAAAGAAAAAUGUCCACCUAGCGAUAUUGAUGCACCUUCCAGAAUCUUCGUACGUGUUGUCUCUAGUUAGGUGUUCUAUAAAGCUUGAAGCAUCAAUUUCGUGUACUUAAAAUUAGGAAACAGCUGAAAGCUCUUUAGGUAUACGUAUUAAGCGAUCAAAUAGUCAAGCCUUAUUUGCAGCGUGCAAAAACGCUUAAAGUGCGUUUUCAAAAUAGAAAUCGAUGAACGGUUACACGCUGGCUCGGGUUUUCGACUCGAACGGGUUGGACAAAGAUAAAAUUAUCCGCGAUAGAAGGGAGAACGAUUUCCUGGAUGUUAUAAAGAGAGAGAAAAAAAGCAAAAUACUCUAUAAAUCAUCAGAGUUUACAUCAAAGAUUCGUCAUUCAAAUAUUCCCAAUCGAAUUGCGACUUUAAAUCGUGAAUGAAUCACCGAUACACGUAUCGAUUCGAUUAUUAAUCCUUGAUGUAAACUUCGAAUCGUCGUUGAUAGUUUUAAACAGAGAAUUUAAACGGUAAUUAGUAAUAAUAGCGUAACAUUUAGUAAUAAUAAAUACAUUUUAGUGAUGAUAAAUUCGAACCGCGACGAAAUCGCGCGCAGUUAAAUGCGAACAGAGAUAAGAAAAUAUUUUAACACUGUCGCGGGAUAAGUUACUAGGCGACGAAAGAAUUCAGCCCCAGAUUUUGUAAUCUAGUGACUUGUUCCGACGAUGGAGUACAUUAAUUCGGUGUCGUGUAUAAUUGUCAUCGUAUCAUACGUUUUUAUGUCCUUCGUAGAUAUUAGAUCCAGUAAAAAGAAAAAAAGAAAUCACUUUGUGCUGCCAUCUGUGUACUUCGAGCUUGUGCAGAACUCGAAGUACAAGGAAUGCAGUAUCGAGACGAAAAUCGAGGUGAUUAAAAAACAAUAUUCCAAAACCCACGACACGACGUAUGGUACUUUUGUCGCACGAUCUUAGAAAGUACAAGAUGAAUUAAUGUAUGUAAAAUAUAGUGUAUAAUCUACUCACGAUGCUGCUUUCAAGAGAGCUGUAUCGUGCACUGAUCAUCGCAUGUAAAUGUAGCUGAUCGUAAACCUUUUUACGGCUUUUGCUUGCAUAGCAAUAAUUAUUGACCAGUGACUAUAGUAUCUAAUCGAUGUAUCGAUCGAUGGAUCGAUAUCACUCUCCGUGUACCAAAAUUCGAAUGCUGAAUCCAUGUCAUCGAUGAAUCUCUUAUAUAAUUAUUGUUGACCUAGAGUUUAUACUUAAUUAAUAAUGUAAUCAUUACGAGGAGUCGAUAUGUAGUUAUCUUUGUUAAUGUGUAUUUUAAUGGAAGAAUUAUAUGUGAAAUAAUUUUCCAAAAGAAUAUUGACAUGGAACAGCAAUCGGUUUGUUCAUCCACAUUCGUAAAUCUAGUCAGAACGAGAAUGCAGAGGCCAAUUUGGCUCGAUAUUUCGGGCUAUGAAGGUUAUUGUUUUACAUUCGAGAGACAAGUUAGUCCGGCCUACGCUUAAAAAAAAGACGGUUUCGUGCGUUAUUCGAACAGGCAAUUAAUAUUAUACAUAUACGUGUACUUAUCGUUACGUUUAGAAUGAUCGUGUAACGAUUAUCUCACACGUACAAAAGAACGGAAAAAAAAAAAAAAAAAAAAAUAAAA